AUGCGGCGCCACAUCCCUGAUUUGCUCCAGGUUGUCCGCACCAGCAUGCUGGCACGUCCGCCCUCGCGCCUCCUUGCUCAGUCCCUCGCCACAACAUUCGGCGCAGUUCGUCUACUGCCCCCUUCUGGGCCGCCCGCCGGGGAGCCCCCACACGGCCGCCGGUGGCAGGGCCCGCCGGCGGCCAGUCGACAAAGGGAGCGAUCCUGGCGAGCGUGGCGGUCGGGGUGGAGCCGGUGUGAUUGCCUGGCGAGAGAUAUCCCCGCACAGAGUUCGGUGAAGGAGGCUGCGGUGGGGGUGGACGUGCUUGUGGAGGGGAAGCCACUGUCUGGGGACUGGGAUAACGUUGAGAGCAUCGAUGCUCAACUCCGGGAGGAUGGUGUGAAGAUUGUGCGACAAGCACUGGCACUUGAUCCUGCCACAAGCUGCAUUUCAAAAGAGUCAGUCGAGCUGUCCCUUGUGUUGUGUGACGAUGACCACAUGCAACAGACGAACCUUGAAUGGCGGCAGGUUGAUUCUCCCACAGAUGUUCUUUCGUUUCCGAUGAUGGACGAUGAAGACCUCAUCACUGAGGCCCUGCCAGUUCUGGUGCUGGGGGACGUGAUGAUUUCCCUGGACACUGCACGAAGGCAGGCACACGAACGAGGGCACGAUUUGGUGACAGAGUGCCGCAUUCUUCUGGUUCAUGGUGUGCUGCAUCUUCUUGGGCACGAUCACGACAGAGGGGAUGAGGAAUGGGAAGCGAUGGCGCAACAGGAACAGCGGGUCCUGGAAGCCUUGGGCUGGCAGGGAAAAGGCCUGAUCAGUGCUUUGGGGAACAGCAUGCAUUCGGGGUUACUUGCUGAAGAAGUAGAUGCUGGAAGUGAAACAGGUGCUCAAGGCGAUUUUUCCACUGGCCCUGUGGUGUCAAAGCGCAGCUCCCGUCAAAUCGAGUUGAUCGCUCUUGACAUGGACGGAACGCUGCUGGACAGCAAGUCCAAGAUUCUUGAGUCCUCACGUGAAGCCAUUAUGUUGGCCCUCAACAAGGGUGUAUCUAUAGUGCUUGCCACUGGCAAGGCAAGGCCUGCAGCCAUCGAGGCCUGUGCAGCAGCCAAGCUCUCAGGCGAAAAUGGGAUCGUGUCUGCUAAGUCCCCUGGCGUUUUUCUUCAGGGCCUGGCCGUUUACAGCACCAAGGGGCAACUGCUGCCUGGCCCAUCGCUCCCAAAGGACGUCUUGUCCUCUGCAUUUCAAUAUGCUGUGGACAACGACGUGGCAUGUGUUGGUUUCCUGGGUGACACUUGCGUCACGCUCGACAUGAAGGAGGAAGUGAAAACGCUGCAUUCUGUGUACUACGAACCACUGGCCAAGGUGGCAUCACACCCGGAUGAAAUCGUGGAUGGUCCACCCCUCAAGAAGCUGAUUUUCUUGGCCGACGCACAACGAAUUGAGGAGGCUGUUAAGCCCAAGUGGCAGGAAAGUGUCAAGGGCCGGGGGGCGGCUGUCAUGCAAGCCGUCCCAAUCAUGUUGGAGAUUGUGCCAGAGGGUGUGAACAAAUGGGAGGGGAUGAAGGGACUGCUGCAGGAGAUGGCUUUCCCGGCUGAGGCGGUCAUGGCCAUUGGAGAUGGUGGAAAUGACUUCGAGAUGGUGCAAGGGGCAGGCUUGGGUGUGGCCAUGGGCAACGCUGUGCAAAAGGUCAAGCAGGUGGCGGAUGUUGUGGUUGCCACGAACGACGAGGAUGGAGUCGCCGAAGCGAUCGAGCGCUUUGUGCUUUGA